AUGAGCUCGAAGAAGGGCAGAGAUCUGUCGAUCACCAUCGUGUCCUUCUACGCGAAAAUCGUUGGCUUUUGGCUGGUGAAAAACCAUGUCGACGAACGUUGGAGGAACUUCGCUACGAUUUAUACAAUUUUCGCAAUUCUCGUCGCCAUCGUGGUCGAAAUAAGGGAUCUGUACUUCACUUGGGGAGAUUUUAGCGGUACUGUAUACAUCAUGUGCAACCUCGUAACUAUUGUUCUAGUUUUGUUCAAAAUUUUGGUUUGUUUCGCAUACAAAAAGGAGUUGCUUAGUUUGAUACGAUACGCGAAAACGAAUUUUUGGCAUUCGAAUUACAAUUCACACGAACGAAUGAUUGUGGAUAGGUGUAAACGUACCUGUACGGUUCUCGUUUGCGUCUUCACUUUCUUCGCUCAAGGAACAGUUAUCUCUUACGUGAUAGGACCAAUUCAAGCAAAUAUUGGAAGAAAUGAAACAAAUCGGAUACUUCCAUUCAAUAUAUGGUUGAACACACCAAUAUGCUACAUGACACCAUACUUUGAGAUCGAGUUUAUCAUACAGGUUUUGUGCCUGUAUCAUGUUGGCGUAUGCUAUCUUUGUUUCGACAAUAUUUUAUGCAUUAUAAAUCUACAUACUGCUGGACAGUUUCGUAUCUUACAAUAUAGACUUGAAAAUAUGUGCAGUGUAAAUAACAAUGGAAAAUUGUCGUACAGCAUAUGUAAAUAUAUGAAAUUUAAAACUUACAUUCAGCAACAUCAAAUGCUCAUUGAAUAUUGUAAAAAACUCGAGCAAGUGUUUAAUUUGAUUGUGCUUGGACAAGUAUCGCUCUUCAGCUUAUUAAUGUGCCUCGAUGGAUAUUUAGUACUUACGGAAGACGCUCCUCUUACGAGACGCCUUAUUUUCCUAUUUCAUAUAACGGGUUGCAUGUGUCAACUGCUGAUGUUCACUUAUAGUUGCGAUUGUCUGAUACGAGACAGUACGAACGUAGCUAAUGCCGCCUACAAAAGCUUAUGGUCGUUUCUGCCAAUGGACAAAUAUGGGAAAAUAUUACGGAGAGACUUGAUGUUAAUUAUCAUGAGAUCUAAUAUACCAUGUUGCCUGACCGCUAGUGGAUUCUUCGUCGUAUCACUGGAAACGUAUACUGGAAUUCUAAGUACCGCGGCAUCGUACUUUACGUUGUUGAGAAGUCAUAUUUUUAGCGCGUGCCUAGUUGGUACGUGCUACCAUUGCUUCGACAAUCUUUUAUUUAUUAUAAAUCUGCACACUGCUAGUCAGUUUCGCAUUUUGCAAUAUAGAUUUUCAAAUAUGUGCGAUAUAAAUGACCGCGAACAUUACACAACUUUGGAAAGAUCAUCGUAUACUGUACAUAAAUAUGCAACGUUUAAAACUUACGUCAAACAACAUCAAAUGCUCAUUGAAUAUUGUAAUAAACUCGAGGAUGUGUUCAGUGUAGUAGCACUCGUGCAGGUGACACUCUUCAGCUUAUUAAUUUGCCUCGAUGGAUAUUUGAUACUUAUGGAAGAGAUUGCUCAAAUAAAACGUCUUACUUUCAUAUUUCAUGUAAUGGGUUGUAUGUGUCAAUUAUUAAUGUUCACGUACAGUUGUAAUUGCUUGAUACAAGACAGCGAAUGUGUGAUGAACGCCACUUACAAGAGUUCAUGGUCGCCCCUGCCGAUGGACAAAUAUGGAAAAAUGUUACGCAAAGAUUUGAUGUUCGUCAUGAUGAGAUCUAAAACACCCUGUUGCUUGACUGCCUGUGGAUUCUUCGCUGUAUCGCUGGAAACAUAUACAGGAGUAAGCAAUAUUGUGUACAUCUUGUAG